CCACAAUUCACUCCCACUAAGCACAUUUAAACCUCUGUGUUAUUGAGUGUCGAAAACAGAACCUUUAAACAGACGGAGCGCAGAAACAAUGGCGCUGCAGGACAGUAAUGUCAAAUUUCUCCAGUUUAGGAUAGAGGAGCUCAAGUCCAAAGUUAGAAAACAAGAGCUGCACUUUACUAAAUUAAGUCAAACUAACUUUAUACAAAGAGACUCUCUAGAGACCAAGGUCAAGGCCCUCGUGAAAGAGCUGAAAACUCACAAGGACAAGGCAGAGGAGUGGAAAAGCCAGCUCCGGUUGAGUCAAGAUGAAGUCAAGAACCUCAGCCUCGAUAAGGCCGAGCUGAUGGAAACAUUUCAGGGACUGAGAGCGAAACACACGCAAUCCGAGUCAGAACUCCGACAGCAGAAACGCGACAGCGAGACAAACGCCAAGAACACCGUCAAAGAACUGACAGCGAAUCAUGAGUCUGAAAUAUCGAGAAUGCGAGCGGAGCAUGACGGGAGGCUGGCGGAGGUGGAGGCGACGUGCCAACAACAAACGGAGCAGCUAAGGAUCGCCGAAGAGCAGGCGGAAAAACAAGACGCCGAGUUGAAAGAGCUUCGAGCUACGCUGCCCCGAGUGGAGACGGAGUACAAAGACAGAGUGGAGGACUUACGCAAACAGCUCCAAGAAAGAGACAAAGUCAUCGCUACGGAAAAUAUAUUAAAGAAAGACACACGACUCAACGAAUUAGUGAAGCAGAAGGAACUGGAGAUGCACAUUGAAAAGCUGAAGAAGACAAUCCGCGGUCUGAAGAACAAGGAAGACCUUUCCGAGAAGGUUUCCGCGUUAGAGAGUACGAUCCAAGACAGACAAAAUGUAAUCGGGAAGAAAAACCUGGAGAUGUCUCGUCUGAUGAAGGACAACAAGCAACUUCAACAGGAUUGGGCGAAAGAGAAGGACAACAACGCCGUUCUGCUUGUUAAAUUAAACGAAGUGAAGGACAACCUCAACGGCAUCGAGGAUGAUCUGAGAACGACGCAGUGGGAGCUCAAAGAAGCGAUGGAGAAGCUGUACAAGACCCUCCGAGAGAACGCCGACCUGGGGGAAACCAUCUCACAUCUGAACUACAAAGUGAGGAAGUGUGAGCCGGACCUGAUCAAGGAGCGAGAGAAGAACAGGAACCUGCUCACCUACGUGAUGCGCUUCAAGGCCGAUCUGCAGGCGUGCAUGGAUUUCACCUCGGAACCCAAGACGUUUGUACAUAAAGUCUUCGACGUCAAAAGACACUACAUCGACAACAAUACCAAUGUCCAGAUGGAUGGAAACACAGAGACCGGCCUCAGAAAAGCCAUCGCCGCUAAAGAUCAACUGAUCAACAGUUGCAGAAGGUGCUACCAGAACUCCUCCAGGGCGCAGGAAACGUUGCCAAGAUUUGUGUUUUCGGAGAGGGUGAGAAGUAACCAGGACCAAAGUUCCCUCAUCAGAGUGAUCAACGACAUGACCGUGGAGCUGCACCAUUUAAAAGCAGAACUCAAAGACACAACUCUGAUUCUUGAGAUGGCGAAAAGGCCGCGACUGCAGCAAGUCAAGUCGUGGAUAAAGAGAAACGUCCUGCAAACGCUCAAGGUCGCCUCAAACGACGCAGAGGAGCCGCCGUCCCGUCUCCCGGGGGACGAUACCGCGCCAUCUGCGCGCCCCUGUGCAGACGACACGACAUCAUCGUCCUCACCGCCCUCACCGUCCUCACCGCCACAUCCUUAUACAGAGGAUGGGAUCAUUCACGUGAAGCCGUUUGUGGAACGUGAUCUCCCGACAGUUGACGUCUAA